UUCCGGUUUCUCUGUUCCGUUCUCUCUCCCCGUCGACGACUUUUCUUCUCGACCUCUCGCUAGUCUUCCCCACUCGAGCUACUCGAAGCGCACUAUCCAAAACCAGGGUAGCGAACCCUAGGAGCCCAGUGGCGAUCUUUGGAGCGGCCAUGACGGUGGAUCAGAAGCAGGCCAUGCCGAUGCAGGCGCAGGCCCUGCAGCCCGGAAGCAGGAAGAAACGGCCUCGCAGAUCACGUGAGGGGCCUACCUCAGUUGCAGCUGUCAUCCAGCGGUGGGCUGAGCAUAACAAGCAGUUGGAGCAUGGUGCUGAGGGCGCGAAGCGAGCAAGGAAAGCACCUGCUAAGGGUUCAAAGAAGGGCUGCAUGAAGGGGAAAGGAGGGCCUGAAAAUACACAAUGUGGAUACCGUGGUGUGAGGCAGCGUACUUGGGGCAAGUGGGUUGCUGAAAUCCGGGAGCCAAAUCGGGUCAACAGACUCUGGCUGGGGACCUUCCCAACUGCGGAGGAUGCAGCCAGAGCCUAUGAUGAAGCCGCUAGAGCAAUGUAUGGAGAGGUUGCCCGCACUAAUUUCCCUAGGCAGAGUGCAGCGACUGCUAGCCAAGUUGCUCCAGUUGCCCAGUUUGCUCCAGCAGCAACCUCUGCCCAGUUUGCUCCAGCAGCUGUUGAGAGUCUUCUACCUAGCACAUCAUGCGAGUCCACAACGACAUCAAAUCACUCGGAUAUUGCAUCCACAGCACUCAAGCCAGAAGUUUCUGACAUUUCAAGCUCUCCGAAGGUGGACUACCCUGUUGUUAUGGAGGCUGGUUCACACAGGUCUGGGGUAAUAUCUGGGUCUUCAUUUCAGCAUGAAGACAGCGAUCCCAGUACCCAAGCUAGUGCCCCCAAUGCAGUUGACGAGGAAGUCUUUGAGCCACUUGAACCUAUUGCCAACCUUCCAGAGGGUGAGGAUGAUGGUUUCGAUAUUGAAGAGAUGCUGAGGAUGAUGGAAGCUGAUCCGCAGAAUAAGGGUGGAGUUGACGCAAGCAUUGGGCAGCCCUUCUACCUCGACGGGCUGGAUUCCAGUGUGCUGGAGAGCAUGCUCCAGUCGGAGCCAGAACCAUAUGCCAUGUCUCAGGAACCGGACAUGUUCCUUGCUGGCUUUGAAAGUCCUGGUUUCUUCGAGGGCCUGUAGGCAACUGACUGUUAAUGUUUGGUCUCGAGCCGCUGGUCCUCAGCCCAUUUCAUUGCUGGAGCUUGGGAUGGCAAUUGGUGGUGAAGGCUGCUUGGUUGGCAAAACUGAUAAAAGCUUCGCCUCUGUAAAGCUAGGCGUUGUUCCUUACUUACAUAGGCAUAGGAACUCAGUUUGAAGCAUAAGUUGGAGAACCAUGUUCUGUAAGACCAGAAAUGGCGAUGUAAAUAGUUCCCACCUUGUGGAAGGAAAAGAACAAGGAAAAAAAGCAUUUGCUUUGGUCUUUGGACAUUCGCCGCAGUUAACCUUUUAAGAUGAUCUUUUGAACA